AUGGCUCCUCCUAAAGUUCUCCUUACUGGCGCCACAGGCUACAUAGGCGGGAGCGUUCUCAACACCAUCCUAACCUCCUCCCACCCAUCCCUCAAAAAUAUCCAAAUCACAGCCUUGGUUCGUCGUGAAGAGCAAGCUAAUACUCUCACUGAGUUAAACAUCACUCCUGUUCUUUUCUCAAGCCUCGACGACACAGAACUCCUAGAGCAGCUAGCUUCAGAGCAUGAUAUUGUCAUCCACGCUGCAAAUGGGUAUCACAUCCCUUCUGCGAAAGCUCUGAUAAAGGGUCUUGCUCAGAGAAAGGCAAGGACUGGAGAGUCUGUGCAUUACGUUCAUAACUCUGGAACUUCUAAUUUUGGUGAUAGACCUGUUUCUGGGUCGUAUAUUGAGAAUCCACCUCGUGUCUUCUCUGAUAAGGAUGAUAUCUACGAGUAUGAGAAGUAUCGUGAGGGUAUUGAGACUUAUCACCAGCGAACAGCCGACGUAGCCGUCUUCGAACUCGGUGCUGAGACCGGUGUGUUGACAUACAUCAUCUGCUCACCCCUGAUCUACGGUCGAGGCACAGGUCUUUUCAACAAGUCAUCCAUCCAAAUCCCCAUCCUGAUAAAAUCAGCCCUCGUCAGGGGUGAAGCUAUUUACGCCGGCAACGGUCUCGGCGUCUGGGAUCACACGCAUGUCGAAGACAUUGCUGCUCUAUACACCCUCAUCCUAGCCAAAGUCCUCGCCAGAGAAGAUAUUCCAUCAGGAAAAGACGGGUUCUACUUCGCUAAUGCAGGAAGGCAGUCAUGGCUUGAUAUAGCAAAGGGUAUCGCCAGGGUAGGCCACCAACUUGGCAGACUUCCUGCUGAGCCAAAGAGUGUUACGCUGGCUGAAGCGAGUCGGGCUUGGUUUAGUGGCGAUGAGAAUCUUACGGAACCGGCGAUAUGCUCACACUCUUUAACCAAUGGUGAAAGGAGCCGUGAGUUGGGAUGGAUGCCUUUGAAAGAUGACUCGCGUUGGGAGGAGACUAUUGCGGAGGAGUUUGAUGUGGCAUUGAAAGACAUGGCUUCGAUUUGA